CCCGGCGCUACCCUUGGCCUUGCUAGCCCUCAUAUCAAUGUUGCAGCGUAAUAUCUGAUAUGGCAUGAUGAUGGACCUACGUUUAAUAUCGUUUAUUGGAAGCCUUUUCCUCCUUUUAACUCCUGACCUAUUUCAGACAAUUCUUGCCCAAGAACAAUACGAUGUGAGGCUGGUGGGAGGAUCAACUGCUGCUGAAGGUCGAGUGGAGAUCUACUACCGGUCAUCGUGGGGUACAGUAUGCGACGAUACAUGGGCCAGCCACGAGUCACAGGUGGUUUGUCAGCAGCUGGGUUACCCAGGAAAUGCAGAAACUCACGCCAAGGCUGCCUUCGGUGAAGGAACCGGAACAAUCUGGUUAGACGACGUGAAUUGUAUUGGGGGCGAGACGUCGUUGUCAUCGUGCACCCACCGCGACUGGGGAACCAACGACUGCAGUCAUGCUGAAGAUGUAGGGGUCAGAUGUCAGACAAGUAUUGUUAACGAUGGAUCGCUGAGACUUGCUGGAGGAGCGACCAUACAUGAGGGACGGGUCGAGAUUUACCACAAUGGUUACUGGGGCACUGUAUGCAACGACAACUGGGAUACGACUGAUGCCGACGUAGUCUGCCGGCAGCUAGGCUACGUGGGAGUCGACGUAUUAAUUGACGGGGGUACCGGGUUGGGGCCAAUCUGGUUGGAUGAAGUGGCUUGUGAUGGCUCGGAGGCUAUGCUUUCUUCAUGCUCCCAUAGAGGUUGGGGAGUCAAUAACUGUGGUCAUCCCGAAGAUGCAGGAGUGCGAUGCCUAUCUGUUACCGAUGGAUCGCUAAGACUCGCUGGAGAAGCGACCCCGAAUGAGGGACGGGUCGAGAUCUACCACAAUGGCCAAUGGGGCACUGUAUGCGACGACAACUGGGAUACUACUGAUGCCAACGUAGCCUGCCGGCAGCUAGGCUUCCCAGGAGUCGACGUAUUAAUCAACGUGCGUUCCGGGUUGGGUCCAAUCUGGUUGGAUGAAGUGAUUUGUUUAGGCCCGGAGCUUAGGCUUUCUUCAUGCCCCCAUAGUGGUUGGGGAGUCAAUAACUGUGUUCAUACAGAAGAUGCAGGAGUGCGAUGCUCAUCCUCAGAUGUUACCGAUGGAUCGCUGAGACUCGCUGGAGGAGUGACCAUGCAUGAGGGACGGGUCGAGAUCUACCACAAUGGCCAAUGGGGCACUAUAUGCGGCAACAACUGGGAUACUGCCGAUGCCGCUGUAGCCUGCCGGCAGCUAGGCUAUGUGGGAGUCGACAUAUUAAUCGACGGGGGCCAUUCCGUGUUGGGGCUAAUCUGGUUGGAAGAAGUAGCUUGUCGUGGCUCGGAGGUUAUGCUUUCUUCAUGCCACCAUAGUGGUUGGGCCGAAAUCCAUUAUUGUGGUCAUCCCGAAGAUGCAGGAGUGCGAUGCCUAAUUGCAGCUGAUUUAGAAAAGACAUUGAGACUCUCCGGUGGAGCGGAUGAAAACGAGGGGCGCAUCGAAAUCUUUCACGACCGUGAGUGGGGCACCGUGUGCGACGACAGCUGGGACAUCCAGGAUGGAGUGGUAGUUUGUCGACACCUUGGCUACUUUGGCGUUGACACGGUGUACGAGGGAGCUCAUUUUGGCGAGGGUUCUGGGACUAUAUGGCUUGAUGAUAUGCAGUGCAGGGGCACGGAGGACAGGUUGAGUGAUUGUUCUGGAGGAAGUAGUUGGGGAGUCCAUAACUGCAGUCAUGCAGAAGAUGCCGGAGUGAGGUGCUCAUUGACUUCGGGUAAUGGAGAAGUGCGAUUGGUUGAUGGCCCCUCCGAACGGAAAGGGCGCCUGGAGAUCUUCAAGGACUUUCAGUGGGGCAGCGUCUGCGAUGAUAGCUGGGAUAGAGCAGCUAGCGAAGUGGUCUGCAGGCAGUUGGGCUUCUCUGGGAAAGCGGAUUACUUCACAGCCGAUCAGAAGGGGUAUGGUACUGUGGAGGGCCUGAUUUGGCUCGAUUCCGUGACGUGCUAUGGGUAUGAAGAGCGAUUGGAAUACUGCACUGACAGCGGCUGGGGAGUGCAUGACUGCACACAUUCAGAAGAUGUAGGUGUAGCAUGCGACGCCACAGAAUUUCAAGAUGAGGGAUCGAAUGGCUAACGAGAACAACUUGAAGUGCUAUACCUGUGGGGAGUUCUUCUCGCAUAGGAGGAGUCUAAAUCGCCACAUAACGGAUGUUCACCGUAAUCGGUCCUAUUCCUGUGAUAUCUGUGGAAAGGAAUAUAGCCACAGGGACAAUUUAAAUACCCAUCGCAGAAUGUGGCAUGACCAGGAGAGAGAGAGGCCAAGAGACAGGUGCCAAGAGGGACAGAGAGAUGUUUCCAGAGGAAGGCAAAGAGAGGUCACAAGGAAAAGGCAGAGGGAUGUGUCGAGGAAAAGGCAGAGGGAUGUGUCGAGGGAAAGGCAGAGAGAUGUUGCCAGGGAAAGGAAGUAUAAGGAGGGAUUGUCGAGGCACUGUACAAAG